UGUACGAUCGUCUACCAGAUCAUGCAGAUGUACAUUGUAUAUAUGCGACUUCGAAUCUGACGAACUGCAAUUGAUACAUUAAAUGUUAUUAACUGCUGGCACUCAAAGUAACGUUGAGAUGAAUCUUCCCAUGGAAGCCAAAAUACUGCAUGCAGAACUUAUAAACAAACUCAGUGGUCACCUAGACCCAAGUGUGGGACUGGAAUUUGAACAGUUUCGUAACUCUCUGUCAGUUCACCUCAUGCCUGCAGAAAUGAGCAAAUCUGAAAGCCUGUUCAGUCUACUGAACAAUUUAGGGAAGAAGGGGAAAUUCGGAGCAGGCAAUUACAGUGUGUUGAAGUCAUUGAUCACAAAUCCGCAUAUUCUAUCGAUCAUAGAGAGCUAUGAGCAAAAAAUCAAUGAAAUUCUGUUUCCAGAAAGAGUGAGCAAGUCCACAGCUUCCAUGGAGACUGAUGGCCCUCCUAACCCCCUCAGACUGACAGAACAGGACCUACAGCGUCUGGCUUCAUGCUUUGGCAGUGGUUGGGAGAUGUUUGUUGGACAGCUAGGUGUAAGCAGUGAAAAGGUGGACCAGAAGAAAAUUGAAAACCCGGCUCAUAUGCCGAGCCAAGUGUACAACUGUCUGCUGGUCUGGUUCAGACAGUGUCCCAAACGACCUACCAUCACCGUCUUCGAUCAAACUCUACAAAAUAGCCUAGACUUUUGCUCAGUUAACAUGGACAAAUAUGAAAAUUUGAAAAGAGAUAUUGAAAACAGAUAACUAAAACAUUGUGAAAAUAAAAUAAAAACAGUUUUGGACAAAUGAUGUUUUCUGACCAAUUUCUUAUUCUGAAGUUGUACAAUCCCCAAUUAAAUCCAGAUGUUUCUUU